GCAUGAGCCCUGCUCGGCUCCGGCGCGUCUAUUAUGCUGCCGGGGCCGGCGAGCCAAAGAGGAGCCGGCCGCGCGGGCCGGGAGGGGACGGCCGCCGGAGCCGCCGAGGCCAAGCGUUGCCUGGUCGGGCCCAGAAAUGGCACGUCGCGCCUGGUCAGGGAGCACAGAAGACGGAGGGCCUCUCUGAGCCGUUGCCGUGACAGGAAGUGAGUGAGCUGCCAGAGGAUGUCCACCACCACGACCGUCGUCCCCGCGGGGAUCCCGGCGGCCCCGGGCCCUGUGAACCCGCCCCCCCCAGAGGUCUCCAAUCCCAGCAAGCCUGGCCGCAAGACCAACCAGCUGCAGUACAUGCAGAACGUGGUGGUGAAGACGCUCUGGAAACACCAGUUCGCCUGGCCCUUCUACCAGCCUGUGGACGCAAUCAAGCUGAACCUGCCGGAUUAUCAUAAAAUAAUAAAAAACCCAAUGGAUAUGGGGACAAUUAAGAAGAGAUUAGAAAACAAUUAUUAUUGGAGUGCGAGUGAAUGUAUGCAGGACUUCAACACCAUGUUUACAAACUGUUACAUUUAUAACAAGCCCACAGAUGACAUAGUGCUAAUGGCCCAAGCCUUAGAGAAAAUUUUUCUGCAGAAGGUGGCCCAGAUGCCCCAGGAAGAAGUUGAAUUAUUACCCCCUGCUCCUAAGGGCAAAGGCCGGAAACCAGCUGCAGGAACCCAGAGUGCAGGUACGCAGCAAGUAGCGGCCGUGUCCUCUGUCUCCCCGGCGACCCCCUUUCAGAAUGUGCCCCCUACCGUCUCCCAGACGCCUGUCAUUGCUGCCACCCCCGUUCCAACCAUCACUGCAAAUGUCACGUCGGUGCCCGUCCCCCCAGCAGCCGCCCCACCUCCACCCGCGACACCCAUCGUCCCUGUGGUCCCUCCCACGCCACCCGUCGUCAAGAAAAAGGGCGUGAAGCGGAAAGCAGACACCACCACUCCCACGACCUCCGCCAUCACCGCGAGCCGGAGCGAGUCGCCCCCGCCUCUGUCCGACCCCAAGCAGGCCAAGGUGGUGGCCCGGCGGGAGAGUGGGGGCCGCCCCAUCAAGCCCCCCAAGAAGGACUUGGAGGACAGCGAGGUGCCCCAGCACGCGGGCAAGAAGGGCAAGCUGUCGGAGCAGCUGCGGCACUGCGACAGCAUCCUCAGGGAGAUGCUGUCCAAGAAGCACGCCGCCUACGCCUGGCCCUUCUACAAGCCGGUGGACGCCGAGGCCCUGGAGCUGCACGACUACCAUGACAUCAUCAAACACCCCAUGGACCUCAGCACCGUCAAAAGGAAGAUGGACAGCCGCGAGUACCCAGACGCACAGGGCUUCGCUGCCGACAUCCGGUUAAUGUUCUCGAACUGUUACAAGUACAACCCUCCAGACCACGAGGUGGUGGCCAUGGCCAGGAAGCUGCAGGACGUGUUUGAGAUGAGGUUUGCCAAGAUGCCAGAUGAGCCGGUGGAGGCACCUGCACUGCCGGCCCCCGCGGCCCCCGCGGUGAGCAAGGGCGCCGAGAGCAGCCGCAGCAGCGAGGAGAGCUCGUCGGACUCGGGCAGCUCGGACUCGGAGGAGGAGCGGGCCACCAGGCUGGCGGAGCUGCAGGAGCAGCUGAAGGCCGUGCACGAGCAGCUGGCCGCCCUGUCUCAGGCCCCGGUGAACAAACCAAAGAAGAAGAAGGAGAAGAAGGAGAAGGAGAAGAAGAAGAAAGACAAGGAUAAGGAGAAGGAGAAGCACAAGGCCAAGUCCGAGGAGGAGAAGAAGGCCAAGGUGGCCCCGCCCACCAAGCAGGCCCAGCAGAAGAAGGCUCCCGCCAAGAAGGCCAGCAGCACGACCGCGGCCAGCAGACAGCUGAAGAAAGGCGGCAGGCAGGCGUCUGCGUCCUACGACUCAGAGGAGGAGGAGGAGGGCCUGCCCAUGAGCUACGACGAGAAGCGCCAGCUCAGCCUGGACAUCAACCGGCUGCCCGGGGAGAAGCUGGGCCGCGUGGUGCACAUCAUCCAGUCGCGGGAGCCCUCGCUCAGGGACUCCAAUCCCGAUGAGAUUGAGAUUGACUUUGAGACUCUGAAACCCACCACCUUGCGGGAACUGGAGAGAUAUGUCAAGUCUUGUUUACAGAAAAAGCAAAGGAAACCGUUCUCAGCAAGCGGGAAGAAGCAGGCGGCCAAGUCCAAGGAGGAACUUGCGCAGGAGAAGAAGAAGGAGCUGGAGAAGCGUCUGCAGGACGUCAGCGGGCAGCUGAGCAGCAGCAAGAAGCCUGCGCGGAAAGAGAAAGGCGGCUCCGCGCCCGCGGGGGGCCCGUCCAGGCUCAGCAGCAGCAGCUCCUCCGAGUCGGGCAGUAGCAGCUCCAGCGGGUCCAGUUCCGACAGCAGCGACUCGGAGUAGACGCUGGACCAGAACAGAACAAACGAUGUCGCACACGCCGAAACUCUGCAGUGUCCCCUCCUAUGGUUAAUAUACUACUUUUGUUCCAUGGUGUGCAGGUCUUCUUUUUAACUCAGUGUUACGAUAUCUCCCAGUUCUGCUUUCGUAGGUCAGAGAUCUGUCCCGUGUGUGCGUUAGGCGUGAUGAGAAGGUGUGAACUCUGCGUAAAGUCCCUUUGUCAUAACCGAAUCCGAGCGCUCGGAGACAACUUCAGAUGUGAGCCCGGUGGCCAUAGAAAGCCGCGAGAGAGAUGAUCUGAAUGGCCUUGCGAGAAUCCCUUUUGUGUGCCCAGCCUGGUCAGUGGCUCCAGAAGGAAUGUCACGGAAGUUUCUCUGCAGUGGGUACCAUAUUGAAGGCUGUUACCUUUGCAAACAGGUGUUGUCUUUCUCAUCUGGGCCUCAGGCUCCGGCCCUCGUGUCUGACGCGGCUGCCUCUUCCUGCAGGGGCUGAGGACAUCAGUGCCUGCUCAUGGGAACCGGGCUGGGCCCAAGUGAAGGGUCAUCGUGGCCCAGCCCAGAGCACGGAGCUCGUGGGGCGGGAACGGCGGGGGGGCCUGUGCAGGGAGGGAUGUUGCGUCCUCUGAGCGUGGUGACGUCAGGCCCUCCCGGGAGGGGACACGGCUGCUGCGUGUGCACCGUGCAGGUUUCCAUACACUGAAGCUUUUACCUCAACUUAAAAAAAAAGAAGAAAAGAUUAAAAAACAAACAAACAAAAGGAGACUUUUUUGUAAGGUUCAGCAAUUUUCUACGAGAGCCCAGCCCAGCGUGUGUCCCGGACCUGCUAGCGUGCCCCUGCUGCUGCACACUCUGGAACCGUUUCCUCCAUUUUAUGUAAAUAUAAAUACUUUAUUUAUUAACACCAUUGGUCAUUUUUUUUUUAAAAAAAAAAAGAAAAACAAAAUCGCAGAAGAAAUGCAUUAAAAAAAUAGCAGAGAUGCAGGGCUUUGGAACAGUGAGAAGGAGACCCGGUUCUGCCGGACGGCGGCCCUCCCCCUCCAGGUGCUAGUUUCUGUGGCCCGUGCGGUGCUCACGGCUGCGUGCACGCUCUCUUCCCCGGUUGGUUGAGUUUUCUGGUUUUUUCCUUUUCGUUUUGUGUGACAUUGGAGACUUACAGGUAUAGACGACUUUCAGCUGCAGCAUAUUCUAAUUUUUUAUUUUGUUUGUUUCGUUGUUUUGUAUCCACUUCUGGUCUCUUUAGGACUGUUUUAAAAGAAAUCAAUUUAGGGAACCCCAGUUAUAUAAUAUAAACUUUGUAAUCUGAGAGAAAUGUAUAGUAAAUUUAAGUCUUGAUUUUUAACUUUCUAUUGUAAAAAAUAAUAAUAAUAUACAGAGUUUAACAGAAGGUUACGUUUUGGUUUUGUGUUUCCGGAGGCUGCCGUGUGGCCUGUGUGCGCAGGGACGCCCCAGAUUGCCCAGCCGAGCCCUGAGCCUCUCGGCUCAGCCCGGAAGGCAGGGCCAGCCCGGGCCUGCGGGUGGGGUCUUGCUCCCAGCCCCCAGGGGCCUGGCCUGGCUGCUCUGCAGGUGGAGUGGUGUCUGGCCCCGGGAGGUCCCCUCCUGGAGGUUGCACCACGCUCCCUGCUCGGGCCUUGUCACAGCCCAGAGAUGACAGAAGCCAGGCGUCCUCCCAGCCUCCCUCUGAGAGGACCCUGGAGGGGGGUGCUGGGCGUGGAGCUGUGCGGUGGUCUGCCCUUUGGUGGCCAGCACUUCUGGAUGGAUGUAGGGACUAGUCAGUAACCUGACGCAUGGCAAUUUGUAGAAAUCAUAAAACCGAUUCCGAUCGCACCAGCCCUCACGGAUGUCCCCACAGUGGAUACAGAGCUCUGAGGGGGGAACGGGAGGCAGAUUAGCUUUUCUAAUUGCCGGUGAUUCUGGCACUUGGUGAGUUUUCAGCCAGUUUGUUAAACUUUCAUUAAGUUUUGUUUAUAAUAAAAAUAUGAAUGGAUUUUAAAGUUUCCAUUUUUUAAAGUUACCCUUGUUUUUCAAAGGUAUUUUCUAAAUAGAUCUUUAAUGGAAUAUUUAAACUAUGAGUUUAAGGAACUAACACACGACAACUGAUGGGUCUUCAUGCAGGAUCUGACUGGUCACGCGCCGCAGUGCACGUCUGGGUGGUGCACGGACCCUGAGGUGGGGGUGCCGGGGUGUGGGGUGCUCCUGCAGCUCGCCCCUCCAGCUGCAGGGGAGCGAGGUGUCACCUGUGCGAGCUGCUGGGCGGGGAGGUGGCUGGCCCUGGCCUGGGCGUGUUCCUGCCCGCUGGUUCUCUGCCACGGUGGAGUCCCGCCCACCUCCCCUCCUGCCACUCAGACGGCAGCGCUGGCCUGGCAGCCUCCGAGGGCGCACAGAGCAGCUGUAGUCCAUUGGUGCUGUAACUUUUUUAAGGCUUUCUGUCCAGACUUCAAAACUGAUUUCUCUGCAGAGGUGUGGAGGAUCGAUGAUGUCCUCGCACCCUGGAUGUCGGGCUGCAGUGACUGCCAUUUCCACAUCUUCCGUGUUGGGAAGAUGCAGCUGUUCAGUUAGGUCAUCCCAGCACUGAGAACUGUAGGCAGCUUUCCACGUGCUUUCUCAAGGGGAAGGAACGGGCGGGUCGUGCGCAGGCCGGUCGUAUGCAGGAGUGGAGCCCAGUGCUCUGAGCGGCCCCUGGAGGCCGAGGGGCAGCUUGGGCGCUGAGGGAACCCCAGAGACCCCGCCCCACGCCGGGCAGGGUCACCUUGCUUACAGACUGUAGGACACGUUUUCUUUUGUGUUUGUGUUUGUUUUUGUUCUUUUGCAGCACUCAUGCCUUUUACAGUCUUUUGGGGAAAAACAACACCCACGUAAACAAUGUGUCACAUCCAGUUUAGCGCUGUCCCUUAAUACUGGCGUAACACUUCCAGGAAGUUUUUCUUUUUUAUAUUUAAAAUGUUGCUUUUCUGUAUGAUGUGCAUGCAAGUUUACCGUAACUUUUCUUAAACUUUUUAGUGCCGUUUCUAGUAUAUUCCUGUAAAUGUCAGUUACUGAAAAUGAGUCCAAUGUAAGUAGUUUUAGCUUGUUUAUUGCAAUGCUGGCCUCAACACAACAGAAUAAAAAUGGUAGAAAGUA